AUGAAGCGGUCUAGGGGCGACGCGUUUGGUUUGGUGUCCUGGUGGAUCUCAUCCACCCGGACCGGAUCUGGGACGAGGCGAACUCCAGCGAGGAGGCGGCACCGGCGGGCGCCGGCGCGGGGACGCGGCGGCGGAGCGGCGCCGGACGGCGGGGGGAGGCGCCGGACGCCGGAGGGGCGCGGCGGCGAGGGACACGCGGGCGCGGGCGGCGCGGAGGAGCAGAGCUCUGGCGGGGCGCCGCGAGGGUCGACGGCAGGGGCGGGGUCAGCGAUGCGGGGCUCCGGCGAGGCCCUGGGUCAGGGCGACCAGCAGGCGCGCUCGGGAGGAGCUCGGGAGCGGGACCGUCAGGCGCAGGCGCGGGCGGCGCUCGGUCGGGCGGAUCCGGGCCUGCCGCGGCCCAGAGAGGGCCGGAGAUGGGCUCCGCGGGCCCUGGCGGCGCGGGGAGCGGGGGAAGGAGCUCGGGACGACGUCGCCAGGCCACAUGGCGGCGCGGGAGUGGCUGGCAGGCGCGAGGGGACGAUGUGGCGCACCCGGAUUGGUCCGGGGUGCGGCGGCGGCGUCAAGUGGCGGGCAGGGUUUGGCCGGUGCGGAUUUCAAGGAGGGGAGAGGCUAGAGGAAGGUGGAGGCUAG